AUGCUCUUCAGAGGACCCCUGCUCCGGCCCGGCCGCCUCCCUCCGCGCCUCCGCCGCCGGCCCUCACCAACAAGCCGCAAUGCCACCGGCGGCCCCUCGAGCAGCGGCAAGUCGUGGCCCCAGAGCCUCCACGAUAGCUUCCCCCUAGCGCGGGACCCGCCCCUGGGCGGCGCGCUCGAGAGCGUCCUGGAUGCCGUGCGCACCAACAACACGGGCCAGCUCCUCAAGGCCUUCAUCGCCUGGACCUCAGUCUUGCGCAGGCACACACUGCCGACCCACGACGCCGCCGUGCGCGAGGUCCAGCAGCUGCCCGCCACGGCCGUGUCGGAGAUUGUGCGCAGCCUCGACCCCGUGCUCAACCCGCAUCUCGACGUCGCCCACGGCCUCACCAUUGGCAGCGGCGAGACGCAGUUCACGCCCGCCGCAUCCCUCGUCGACGAGUUCGGCGUCCGCACCCACCACGGCGAGGUGCUCCUCGGCAUGCAGGCCCUGCUGCGCGCCCGCGCCCGCCAGCCCCUCGCCCCGGCCGACUACGAGGUCAUGAUGCGCUGCGCCGGCGCCGGCGUCGACCGCCUGUCGGGCAAGCGCUUCUGGACCGCCAUGACGGACAGCGGCCUGCAGGACUGGCGCACCUCGCGAACCUGGGUCGAGUUCCUCAAGGGCCGCUUCAUGACGGAGCCCCUAUACUACCAGUUCGACCGCACCCGCGCCCUGACCUUGCCUCGCGACCUGCACCGCGAGAUGAAGCCCCUGUCGCUCGGCACCGUCAAGCGCCUCGACCGCAUCCGCCUCGGCCUCAACGCCCUGAGCCACCACCCCUGGAACCGCGAUCCCGCCCAGCCCGAGCGCGACUGGCGCCGCCUCCUGCGCAAGCGCAUCGGCUACGGCAGCUUCGUCAAGCAUUUUUACCGCAUGAUUGGCUACGGCUACGCCGUCAGCGAGGAGUUUCUGUGCGCCUCCAUGGUGGCCUUUUCGCGCUGCGGCCGGCAAAACGACAUCUGCACCCUGAUCCUCGAGGGCCACUACGGCAUCCGCGUCGUCCGCAACCAGGAACUCUUCCGCUGGGACGUUGAGGGCGGCAACGAUCUACCCGCCGACUCGCCCAUCCGGCCCACGGCCCGGCUCCUCGACGCCGUCGUCGACGCCUUUGGCGCCCUGUGCAACCUGCCCCUGGGCCUCGACCUCGUCCAGCACAUCUCGCAGCGCUACAGCCUGCCCAUACCACCGGAGACGUGGUCCAACCUCCUCCGCUGGGCCUACAUCAACGCAUCGGCGCCUUAUCGCCACAUGCGCGAGGCCGAGCCGCACCGCGACCUGCGCCCGGCGUCCAUCCGGGACCCGCUCCACGUCUGGCGAACCAUGACGUCGGAGCCCUACAACGUCGAGCCGUCCUUUGACGACCACUGCUGCCACGUCAAGAUGCUCAUCCGCAUCCGCUCCUUUGCGCCCGCCAUCGACACCAUCAGGAACCAGCUGGUGCCGCGCUACAAGCUCCUCGACGACGAGUACCACAAGGCCGUCCUCGACGAGCUCCUCGUCAACGACACCGCCCUCACCCCGCGGCCCGCCACCCACCGCCGCCGACAGGCCGAGGUGCACAAGGACCACGCCCGCUACCACAUCGCCCGCUGCCUGCACAUGCUGCUCAAGACGGCCUCGCAAAACGCCGCCCACCGCCGCGGCCGCGUCAUGCGCGUCCUCGUCCCCAACCUGCUCGCCGAGUUCGCCGAAUUCUUCCCCCACUACGUCAGCUACCGCACCGCAAACGGCCUCGCCGUCAUCCGCCGCGACGGCGCGCCCCGCCGCUUCGACUGGGUCCGCGCCUGGCGCACCACCCUGCCCGCCAACCUGUGCAGCGGCCAUCUCGACGAGGACGGCUCCGUCGACUCGAGCCAGUGGCCCAGGGCCGAGGACAUGAGGGUCUUGGGCUGGCAGCGCGUCCCCAGGCCCAGGCGCAAGAUCCUGGGGCGCGCCCCUGUCCCGAAGGACAAGGCCGUGGUGACGGACGCGACGGAUGUGUCAAAGGUGACGAGCGCCGAUUAUACGCUGCGCCACGAGGGCAUCAUGUGGUUUAAGAGGCUGGAGCGAGAACUCAUGAUGUAG